AUGGGGACUUACAAUCAUUAUGUAAUUGUUAAGUUCAAGGAUGGUGUGAAAGUUGAAGAACUCAUCCAAGAGAUGGAGAAGAUGGUUUCUGGGAUUGACCAUGUCAAGUCCUUCGAAUGGGGAAAAGACACUGAAGGCCAUGACAUGUUGACACAAGGUUUUACUCAUGCCUUUUUGAUGACAUUCAAUGAGAAAGAAGCUUUGAAUGCAUUUCAAGUUCACCCAAAUCAUGUUGAGUUCUCCAAGAUAUUUUCACCUGCUCUUGAGAAGAUUGUGGUGAUGGAUUUUCCUUCUAUCACUCUCAAAGCACCAACAUGA